AUGGACGCCCCUCACCGACACGCUCGCGCAUCUCCCGGCGGGAAUGCGCCGACUUCUGGGCAAACUCGGAUAUUACUCACCCUCGCGCACCCUCGAACGGCACCCGAACGCACGCCGCCCCUCGAAUCGAACUCGGCACAUCAAGAACUCUUGAUGUACGAAGACCGGCCCGUUCCGGACACCCUUCAAGAUUCCGAAUCCGGACGCUACGACCCACGUAAAGAUAGGCGUGGAGGCCACGACUCAGCCCUCCACACGGAGCCCCUUCAUCGGGCGCUCUCUCCACUCACCACCCACCACCUCCACCCGGAAGAGCAAGGCGCGGACAAGCUUGACAUUAUGGACGACCCCGACGACAUGGAAGAACUCGACAGCGGCCUCUAA